CGUCAGAUCCAUCAGGCGGUGGUCUGAGGAGGUUCCUGCUCGCGGCUUCAGAGCGACCCUGAACGCAUCACUCUCGCUUCCCCUGAACGCAUCACUCUCGCUCCCCCUGAACGCAUCAUAUACCUCAUAUACCUGCAGCUCGGAGGAGACUCGACAGUCAGCAGAUGACCCAGCAAUGGAGGUCGGGGCUGCUGCUGCUUGUGCUCUGGGUCUCUCUGCUGCCGGACGCCCCCCCCCUCCAUCGGGCCGAGGCCGUCAAGCUGCGGCGCUUCAUCGGCUGCGCCGUCCGGGAGUUCACCUUCCUGGCCAGGAAGCCUGGCUGCGGGGGGGUGCACGUCACCACCGACGCCUGCUGGGGGCGCUGUGAGACCUGGGAGAAGCCCGUGCUGGACCCCCCCCACAUCGAGUCCCACCAGCGGGUCUGCACCUACAACCAGACGCGCCUGGGCUCCGUGCAGCUCCCCGGCUGCCUGCCGGGCGUCGACCCCUCCUUCAGCUUCCCGGUGGCCCUGCGCUGCGCCUGCGGCGUCUGCGUGACCAGCAGCACCGAGUGCGUCACGGCGCGCUGACCACCAGUUAGCCUUGCUAUCCCAGGAUCCGACCUGUGACCUUUAUGACCCGGAGGUCAUUCUGAUUGAUGUCUUAUUGAUCCGGCUCCAUUUAAUACGACUAACUAACCGUAUGGUUUUAAAAGGUUUAAAAGCCAAUUAAAGAUGCACAUUAAUGAAU